AUUUUUUAAGGCGAAUAGAAGACGAAAGUGAGACGACAAUCGUUGAAAACAGACGAAAGGUUAUUAGUGAUCGUUAAGAUGGAGGGUUCUGCCAGGAAAACGCUGAAAAAAACUACAACCACUCAAUUUGAAGUACUGGUAAAAGAAAUGGAGAGAAAUCCUGACCUGGCCAGAGGUGUUGCAGUGUUUGGAUCUGAUCGAGGAAGGGUAGAGGAGCGGUGGGAGGAAAUUAUGGGGAAAAUUAAUUCUCAUGGUCCUCCUACAAGAACGGCCGUCGAAUGGAAGAAAAUAUGGGCUGACUUGAAAAGCCGGACAAAAAAGAAGAUUGCCGAAAACAAACGAAGCCUUACUGCUACCGGUGGUGGCCCAUUCCGUCACUCUCCGCUUUCCGAAAUUGAGCAGGCCAUAGACAGCCUGGUUUUUAUUUCGAGGUCAGCAGCCCCGAGCGGCAGAUUUUUCGGCAUUCCUUCGACGGCGACCUCUAACAUGUCAAGACAUUCGUCGUUGGAGGAAAUGCGUCCUUUACUUGUGACUGAAUCGCCAAAACUUGACCAACGAAGGCAACAAACAACCACCCUUCAAUCUCCUAUAAGGCACAACCAACCACCACCAGUGGGAGUAGUGACUCCCACUACAUAGACAACCCGUCCUACA